AUGUUGAAGUUAGGAGUCUUUGGUGGCUUAGCUGCCGUGCUCAGAGGCUAUUUUGCCUUUGAAUGGCACACGGUCGGUGCUGCAGUAGCGGUGGCAUACUUGGCGACUGGAGGGUGGAGGUUCGCUAAGGUUAUUGUACGGACACUCCCACGUGAUUUGCGAGGACUAAUUGCACUCGUCCGUCUUAGGUUGACUCUUAUGAAACGUCAGCGUAAUCGAGAACUGGUCCAUAAUGUAUUUGAAGCCCGCGCUAAACGACACCCAAACAAAAUUGCCUUUCGGUUUGAAGACCAGAGCUGGACCUUCAACGAUGUCAACAACUUCGCCAAUGCCAUCGCUAAUUAUUUCUUCGAGAAGGGUCUACAAAAGGGAGAUACGGUCGCUAUAUUCAUGGAGAGUCGGCCAGAGUUUGCCUGUUACUGGCUGGGCUUGUCUAAGAUAGGCGUUAUCGGAGCGUUGAUUAACUUCAAUCUGCGUGCGGAAAGUUUAGAGCAUUGUAUCAAUGUUGCUGGACCCAAGGCUGUGAUUUAUGGAGCUGAGCUUACAGACGCAAUCAGAGACAUCAGGCCCAAGAUAGGUCGCGAUGUAGCGUUCUACAGUACGGGAGGAUACCAAGAUGCUGGAUUCGCUGCUGUCAACCUUGACCCCGAAUUAAAGAAAACAUCAACUCUUCCUGCCCCUGUCAUACUUGGCCGCAAGUUUACAGAUAAGCUUUUCUAUAUCUACACUUCUGGAACAACAGGCCUACCUAAAGCAGCAAUCAUCACUCAAAUCAGGUUCAUGUACAUGGGAUACGGUAUCCGAUAUGGCUUCCACUGUAGAUUCGACGACGUGAUUUACAACACGCUUCCACUGUACCAUUCCGCCGGGGGGAUCGUUGGGAUGGCUCAGGUCAUCCUCAACGGAUCCACCAUGGCCAUCAGGAAGAAGUUCUCCGCUAGCAGAUUUUGGGAUGACUGUAUCAAGUACGAAGCAACGAUUGUGCAAUAUAUCGGUGAGAUAUGCCGUUAUGUCCUCGCUCAACCAGCUAAGCCAGUGGAUACUCAACAUAAAGUCAGAAUGGCUAUCGGUAACGGAUUCAGACCCCAGAUCUGGGAGGAGUUCCAGUCUCGCUACAACAUCAAAGAGGUAGCUGAGUUCUAUGGAGCAACGGAAGGCAACAGUAACAUCGUGAAUAUAGACGGCAAGGUUGGAGCUGUCGGGUUCAUCUCUCUGCUGGUCCCAUCCGCUCUGCCGAUCGUUCUACUCAAAGUGGAUGAAGGCACUGGUGAUUUAAUCCGUGGAGCCGAUGGACUUUGCAUCAAGUGUAAACCAGGUGAAACCGGCCAUUUGAUCGGCAAGAUCAAGGCAGGAGAUCCUAUUGCUGGCUUCGAUGGCUACGUCAACAGACAAGCAACAAGCAAGAAGAUCGCUUACGACGUCUCCAGAAAAGGAGACCAGGCUUUCCUCUCAGGUGACAUCUUGCAGAUGGAUGAAGACGGAUAUUUGUUCUUUAAGGACCGUUCUGGGGAUACUUUCCGUUGGCGUGGCGAGAAUGUCUCGACGUCGGAAGUCGAGGGUAUCAUUCAGAAACACAUCCAGCUGAACGAUGCAGUGGUGUAUGGUGUUGAAGUACCAGGUACAGUGAAAUAA